GUUAUGCCCGCGGAGUCAGAUCUUGGGUAUUUGUUCCGACGGGUGCCGAGAUCUGAUAUCUUGAAACCUGCCCCUUUAUAAAGACGUGAAUCUGCUGUCUUCCCCAGAUAUCCAAUCCAUCACAUCAUAACAACCAUCCAACAGUAAACGAGUGCGAGCUCUGAUCAGUUCCUGCAUAUCCAGCCCUACCGAAAAGUUUGUCAACUCUAACUCGACGACGUGGUGAAGAUCGCAAACAUGAGCGAUACACCAUUACCCGGCGGGCUUAUCUCAUUCGGCUCCGAUGCCAACUGUACACUCGAAUUAUGUCCCCUCGAGUCGAGUAUACUGCGAUACCAACCAAGCGUUCCCGCUAAUGCCAUCUUCAUUGGAGUAUUCGGAUUGUCUAUGGCUCUUCAUAUCUUCCAAGGUAUCAAGAUGAAGACAUGGGGCUUCAUGGCGAGUAUGAUGGCAGGAUGUAUUCUCGAGAUUAUCGGUUACGUCGGACGGCUUAUCAUCCACGAUAAUCCAUUUGACUUUAUUGGCUUUCUAUUGCAGAUCAGUAAGUGUUUCUAAACCAAACUCGAACAAGGAAUGGAUGGAAAGGGAGAACUUGACUAACUCUGGCUCAGUCAUGAUCACCAUUGCCCCCGUUUUCUUCUCUGCUGCCAUCUAUGUUCUUCUGUCCCAGGUCAUCAACUUCGUCGAUCCAAAUGUCUCUCGAUUCUCUCCCAAGUAUUUCUACUGGAUCUUCAUCCCUUCCGACAUUAUCUCCCUCAUCCUCCAAGCCGUCGGCGGUGCAGUCUCAGUCGUUUCCACAGCGAAAGACGACGUCAAGACUGGAGAGGACAUCUCCAUCGCUGGUCUUGUCUUCCAAGUCGUCACUCUACUUUGUUUCGUUGGAUUGUUCAUCGACUACGUUAUCAGGGCUUCCAAGUCACCGGCCCGAUAUCGCCUUACCAAGCCCAUUCUCACCUUCCUCUUUUUCCUUUUCCUUUCGACUAUCUUCAUCUUGAUUCGAUGUGGCUACCGAAUUGCUGAGCUCAAUGGAGGAUACUUCAGUGCUAUCUUUCGAGACGAAGGUCUCUACAUCGCUCUUGAAUCUUGCAUGAUGUGCAUUGCUGUUCUUCUUCUGAAUGCUGGCCACCCCGGAUAUGCUUUCAAGGAAACCCCCGAGUUUACCAAGGAAAUGGACCAGAUGGACCAAGACGACACUACCGUCUUUGGAGACUAAGUCUCAUCUUCGUCAGAACUUGUAAGAUGGAAAACAUGCUCGCCAGGACAAUGAGGUCCAGAAAGAAACUCCUCAACCAACUCGGGCGAGCUCAACGGAUAUUUCCUUUGUUAUCGGUAUUGUGCCUCGAAUUUUGGCGUGUAUAUAGACAGUAUGGCGAAUAUGGCGUUAUGACAUGGCAAAUAACUGCCUGGAGGAUUAUAGAUGAUUUUUUAGAAAGGUAUGGCACAGGGUGUGCAGGCUUAGGUAUAGAGUCCUCGCGAUUGGGCGACAUGAGGAAGCUUCGAUCUCUUGUUGAGUUCGUGGUAAAAAGUGCUAUAUUAAACGCAAUAAAAACAAAUAGAUAAAACAGUUCAAAAUAUAGAAAAAAUAUAGAAAAAAUAUAGAAAAAAAA